CCUCCACUCACAUCGUUGAAUAAUCCUUCAAAUAUUAUUUUGGCCUGCAAUAACUUGUCGACUCUUCUUACAACUUCAUACACCUUUUGUCAAAAUACAUCAUUUGUCACCCAUUUCUUUCAUCACAAGCUUUUAAGACUUUUAUUAUAACCUGGUGUUUGAGUGUGUCAACGAAUGCGAAAAUGGGUAGAAAAGGAAACUGGUUCUCUUCAGUGAAGAAAGCGCUAAAUGGACCUGAGGAGAAGGAGAUGAACAAUCAGGAAUCUGGAAAAUCAAAAAAGAAAUGGUUUAGGAAGAACAAGAGGUCUGUUCCUAACACAGUUGCAGCAACAGCAGUAUCAGCAGCAGAAACUGUCCCAAGUACAACGACGUUACCUCCUCAGGCAACCGUGCAGGCUCAAGUGGUUGUUCCUACCCCUGAACCAGCAAAAGUAAGCAGUGUAACAGAUAAGGAGCAGACAAAACAUGCUUACUCUGUUGCUCUUGCAACUGCUAAGGCAGCUGAGGCUGCUGUUGCUGCUGCUCAGGCUGCUGCAGAGGUUGCUCGUUUGACAGCAACGGCUCCGCCUUUUGCUGGCAAGUCAAAGGAGGAAGUUGCAGCAAUCAAGAUUCAAACAGCUUUCCGUGGAUACAUGGGAAGGAGAACAUUACGUGCUCUGCGAGGUCUUAUAAGAUUGAAAACAAUGAUGCAAGGAAAGGCAAUAAAACGUCAGACUACAAAUACUCUAAAGUCCAUGCAAACAUUAGCACGCGUGCAGUCUCAGGUACAUGAGAGAAGGCAGAGGAUGGCUGAGGAGAAUCUGGCUCGUCAGAAACAGAUUCAGCACAAAUAUGCAAAAGAGCAAGCAAAGGAGCUUGACAAAUCACAACAAAAUGGUGAUGGUUGGGAUAGCAGUAGAAAGACAAAGGAACAGAUUGAAGCAAAGUUACAAAGCAGACAUGAGGCAGCUAUAAGAAGAGAAAGGACUUUGGCUUAUGCUUUCACUCAUCAGCAAGCAUGGAAGGCUUCAUCGAUGUCUGCUCACACGUUGUUUAUGGAUGUAAACAAUCCCCACUGGGGGUGGAGUUGGUUAGAGAGAUGGUUAGCUGCAAAACCAUGGGAGACCGCAACCACUCCUGAGAAAGAUUUUAGCAAUGAUAAUUCCCCCCGUAUUAAGGUCUCAUCAAAGACCGCUUUGUCUGGGAAUCACGAGCUAACUAAAGCCUACUAUUCUCGUGAAAAGCCUACCCCUACAUCCAUCAGAAAACAACCCCAUUCUUCUACUGGUGGUCGCCUGUCAACUUCUAAUGCUCCUUCAAAUUCCAUUGCAGCAGCUCGAAAGUUGAGAUCUCCAAGCCCAAAGGUUAGCCCAAGGACUAGCAUGUGGGGUCCAGAUGACGAUGCAAGAAGCACACUGAGUAUGCAAUCAGAACAACAAUCUAGGAGGACUAGUAUAACAGGGUCAUCUGUUAGGGAUGAUGAGAGCCUAGCCAGUUCUCAAACUACUGUUCCAAGUUAUAUGGCUGCUACAGAAUCUGCAAAGGCUAGAUCGCGAUUAGGAGGUGAUUGUAAGAGGGACAAGAGUGUCACACCUGACAGAUUGUCUAUUACUUCUGCUAGGAAAAGAGCUUCUCAACCUGCUUCUCCUGCAAGAUCAAGGCGCUCUACUUCCUCAGAUCAUAUUUAGAUUUUCUAUGAAAAUAAGAUAAAAUAACUCGAGUUUCAUUAUACUGCGUUUUAUUUAUAUCGGUUUGUAUGUUUGUUAUAACUUGGUUUAUUUAAUUUACAUCGAGGAUAAAGCA